AUGACCAGAGUUUGGAAUCUGCUAUUUAAUCAUUUUCAUAGCAGUAGGAAAAAUAAGAAUAGAACUUAUAUAUUCCUUUUGCAAUCCUAAUCCUUUCUUAUGUAAGUGGCUUUUAAAUUAUUGAUGUAGAUUUAUAUUGCAUACAAGAAUCAAAGAGAUUUCAUAUCCUAUUGAGAUUACAAUUUAGAUCUAGUUGGAAACCAGAAAUUGUCUAAUGGUAUUAGAGAAACAAGUAGAUCCUAAACUUAAUCCUAUGAAAAGGUGA